UGCUAGUUGUUUGAAGCAAAAUGGCAGGAAGAAUAAUUAAAAACGUCCCCAAAACAAAUGGAUAUCUCGAGAGAUUAGAUAGUACAGAAGGCUCUAAACUAGAGAUAAAUGAAAACUUCAGACAGGAUCUAGAGGGGGACCCGGGAGGAGAAACAGAGGGGGAGACCGCCGACCCGAUACCGGAGGACGAGGAUGUGCACGCCAAGUUUCAGGACUGGGACUCAGUUCUGGAGGAGAUGGAGGUACACGGAGAGGAGGGUGGCCUACCUGACAAUGAUGGUCCAGGAAUAACCAAAAACGAUGAAAUACUCAGUGUCAGAGAAAUGGAGGAUAAUUCCAAGAAAGAACCAGAAGACGAUAUGACACCGAAGACCAAUAAAGCAGAAGAAAAAGAUCAGCGUAUAAGUACACCCGUUGUUGUAGACAUUUUUGUUACGAAGCACCUUUGUGACGACAUCACUUUAACUCUUCCAUCCAGUCUUGCUGGUAAGCUCCAGCCAUUUCAGGCCGUUCCCUGGACUACAGCACAAAGAUCUGCCAUGUUACAUCAAAUAGAUCUGGAUUUCGUAGAUAGGUUUGAGUCUGACAUCUACUCUCUAGUGCCCACUGAUGUGUUGAUGAAGCUUCAGGAUGUGGACAUGGAGAGCGAAGACAUGAUCUGGAAGGAUUAUGACGUCUUCAAUGUUCCUCAAUCCUAUUUGGAUGAUAUCACGUUUAAAGUUUCUUUGAAUAAUUACAAUCGAGAGUCCUCUUACAAUCUCUGCGCCAAGAUAAAGACAAAGAAAAAGUGGAUUUCAAUCGAUGUAAAAUAUGAUGAGGCUGGGUAUGUCGCUUUCAGUUGCUGCAGUGUAUACUCUGUUUGUAUCAUUGCUUCACCUAAGAUUGAGAGAUGCACCCUAACUCCUGAGGGCUACAGGUUUGUUCCAGAAGAUGAUGCCAGCCUCUACAUUGACUUUCCAGCAGGAACAGUAAAUAAAAACGAAGACAUAAAAGUACAGUUGAUACCUGUAGCAAAAAGAGAUAUGAAAAGGCGUUUAGAUGCACACCCAGAAAUUUACGAUAUUUUAGCAAUGUCCAAAUGUAUACUUGUUGACCACACCGUGGACAGAUUUCAGAAGCAGAUGGAAGUUCAGUUUACCAUGGAUAAUGUCACAUCUGUUGAUCCUGAGGACCCUGACUUCGAGCUUGCUUUCUUCUACUGGGAAAAUGGCAUUGCCAAGAGAGCAACUGGAAAAAAUAUUAAGAGGAAGAAUGGAACUUUUUUAGUAGACGUUGACCAUUUCAGCGGUGUAUCCUGUGCACUCGUCAGAAGGAAUGCCAAAAUGUCCCCGUUGGAACCUUACCUUGUCUACGGAAUGAUCCAUACAUGUACCUUGCUCAUCUUUAUCAAAAGACGGAAAGAAGAUAUGUUAUCUUUAUGGUGCGAAUGUGCCAAACGUGAAAUGGCGAGAACUGUUGCGGAGAAAAGAAUCAAAGACCACGAUUUAGAAGAAAUUGACUGUAGUCAUUCAAAAGAUAUAUUUGUGAGAGAAGGUCAAAGGAUUCGAAUUGAUGUCAAUGGAUCAGUCCAGUUCGUUCGUGAAAUUCCCAAGUCAUUUUAUUUAUUGACUUUCAUUCCUGUAGCAGAAGACAACCAUAUCUAUUUUCCUCUCCAAAAGAAUGUCCGAAUGGGUUCUGUUCCUUACGCUGUUAUCAACUUCUCCGCAGACAACCAAAAGAAGCAGCUUCUUCACAGCGUUCACUUCGAUCCUUGGGUGAAAAGUGCAUCAGCCCUGAAGAAGUAUUACACUGACAUUGCCAUUUAUAAUCGACCAAACACAUCAAGGACAGCCCACACUGAUCCUGGACCAUCCAAAACGCCCAGAAGUCCAAGGAAAGUUCGAUUACAGGUCAACAAUGGGUUAAACACGGCUGCGCAGUGCGUACGAGAUUGGUUUGACAAUGAAAAGAACUUGCUUGUGAUCGCCAAUCAGAUUCCUGUGAACAAGUUGGUGCCAUUUGGAAUCCAUCUCUGUAUUAGAUCGGAGGAUAUCAACAGAUUAAAGAAAGAGUACAAGGAAAAUGACGAGGAACUACAGUUUUUCUUUAUUAAGUUUUGGGCGAGGCGAGUGAAAUCUUACCUGAAACCAGAGGCGAGGCUAGAACAGCUUACAAAGGCCAUGAGUAGUAUUGGUCUGCAGAAACAGGCUGAGAUCGUCAAGAAGGUUUACAAAAAUAAAGAAGAUUUGGAUUGUGAUCAUUUUAAUGACCACAAAGGAAGCGACAAGUAAUACAGGUUUAAUAUAUAACAUGUACACUGAUUUUUAUCAUAU